AUGGGUGCACGUCCACAACUUGCAUUCAUUGCUCAGCUAGCCACUGCAACAGAUAAAUUUCGCCCAGAAACCUGUUGCGUUGUGGGCAACUAUUAUUCCCUAAAAUCAGAACACGAGAAAGCAGUGAUGUACUUUCGACGCGCCCUAACAUUAGACAGGAACUUUUUAUCCGCAUGGACCCUCAUGGGCCAUGAAUACAUUGAAAUGAAAAAUACCCACGCCGCAAUUGAGUCUUAUCGGCGAGCAGUUGAUGUUAAUCGCAAGGACUACCGUGCAUGGUAUGGUCUAGGUCAAGCUUACGAGGUGCUGGACAUGUCUUUUUAUGCCCUUUUCUACUACCAGCGCGCUGCAGCCCUACGGCCAUAUGACCCCAAAAUGUGGCAGGCUGUGGGGUCCUGCUAUGCCAAAAUGGGCCGCCUCGAACAAGGUAUCCAGGCGCUUAAGCGUGCACUGGCUGCAGGGUCAUACUCUGAUGGUGGAGGAAUGGGUUUGAACUCGUUUUCCAGCGCGGGAGGCGCUGGCGGUUCGAAUCCAAAAGGCGCUGGAAACACCCCAAGAGUACUUGACCCCGAGACACUUUACCAAAUUGCAACUUUACACGAAAAGUUAGGGGAUGGGCACGGAGCUCGUGCAUACAUGGAGCUCACAUUAAGACAAGAGGUGAUAUUACUAGAGGAUGAUUCUGAUUAUGAACCCGAGGAAAAGGAUGACUGGGGAAGACAAAACUCUUCGACAACGGAGCGCUACACCGAAAUAGGAGGCACAGGAGUAACAGCAACUACUUCGAAGGCUCGUUUAUGGCUUGCGAGAUACUUUUUUAAAGGAAAUAACUUUGCCAGGGCUAGCGAGAUGGCCAGCGAAUUACGUCAGCAUGGUGUUGAGGUUGAGGAAGCGCAGGCACUGUUGAGGGAUAUCAAAGCCAGAAGGGCAAUCCUCGAUAAUCAAUAA